UGAGGGGAAAAUGGCAGCGUACCUACAGUGGAGGCGAUUUGUGUUUUUCGACAAAGAAACGGUGAAAGACCCGAGUGAAAAUGGGAAGAAUUUCCAACUACCUUUGGGUAUAUCGGCCUGUGAUUCCGGCCGAGGACACAUUGUGCUUGGUGAUAUGGAUGGCCAGAUCUGGUUUUUGAGCCGCUCCCUGCAGCUAUUUAGCUUUCAGGCUUAUAAGAUGCGUGUGGCACACCUGUAUCAACUGAAACAGCACAACAUCCUGGUGUCAGUGGGGCAAGAUGAGCCAGGCAUCAAUCCUCUGGUGAAAGUAUGGAACCUUGAUAAGAGGGACAGCGGCAGUCCUCUGUGUACCAGGAUAUUCCCUGCCAUCCCUGGAAACAAACCCACUGAAGUGUCUUGUCUCAGUGUACAUGAAAACCUUAAUUUCAUGGCCAUUGGUUUUACAGAUGGCAGUGUUGUGCUGACUAAGGGUGACAUCACCAGAGACAGACACAGUAAAACUCUCAGCCUCCAUGAGAGCAACUGUCCAAUCACGGGGCUGGCUUUCCGUCAGGCUGGCAAAGUCACACACCUAUUUGUUGCUACGUUGGAAAAAGUACAGUGUUACACGUUGUCAGUGAAAGAGUACCCUCGUAUUGAACUGGACACGCAUGGCUGCCCUCUCCGCUGCUCUGCGCUCACAGACCCCUCACAAGACUCACAGUUCAUAGUGGCUGGAGAUGACUGUGUGUAUUUGUACCAGCCGGAUGAGAGAGGACCCUGCUUUGCUUUUGAUGGGCACAAGCUUCUGGCUCAGUGGCACAGAGGAUACCUCAUGCUCCUUACGCACAAAAACAAGUCACCUAGCAAAUCUGAUUAUGGUAGCAGAGAGACAUCCCCCACAGAAAAACACAUGCUUACAAUUUACGACCUGGACAACAAGUUCAUUGCAUAUAGUGCAGCAUUCGAUGAUGUCAUUGACGUUCUGGCAGAGUGGGGGUCAUUCUAUGUCCUAACGAGAGACAGGACAAUGUAUAUGCUGCAAGAAAAGGACACACAGACCAAGUUAGAGAUGCUUUUUAAGAAGAACCUGUUUGUGAUGGCCAUUAACUUGGCUAAGGGUCAACACUUGGAUAAUGAUGGUCUUUCUGAGAUAUUUAGACAGUAUGGAGACCAUCUCUACAUUAAAGGAGAUCAUGAUGGAGCUAUUCAACAGUAUAUUCGCACCAUUGGGAAGCUUGAACCAUCGUAUGUAAUCCGAAAGUUUUUGGAUGCACAGAGAAUACAUAACUUGACAGCAUAUCUACAGGCUCUCCAUAGGCAGUCUCUGGCAAACGCUGACCACACUACUCUGCUGCUUAACUGUUACACCAAACUGAAGGACAGCUCCAAACUGGAGGAGUUCAUAAAGUGCAAAGAAGGUGAGGUGCAUUUCGAUGUUGAGAUCGCCAUCAAGGUGUUGCGCCAGGCUGGCUAUCACAGUCAUGCUGUGUUUCUGGCAGAGAGACACGUACAUCAUGAAUGGUAUCUGAAGAUCCAGCUUGAGGAUUUGAAGAAUUAUCAGGAGGCUUUGCGCUAUAUAGGUAGGUUGCCAUUUGACCAGGCAGAGAGUAAUAUGAAGCGUUAUGGUAAAACUCUGAUGCACCACGUGCCUGAGAGCACCACCAUCCUCCUAAAGCGCCUCUGCACAGACUAUCACCCCAUUAAAGACUCAACUGACCGUGACAGUCUCGACAGGGCUGCGGGGAACAAGGCCAGUCCAGAGGAUUUCAUUCCUGUCUUUGCCAAUAACCCACGAGAACUCCGAGCGUUCCUGGAACACAUGAUAGAGGUGGAUCCGUUGUCUCCUGAGGGAGUUUACGACACUCUGCUAGAGCUUAGACUACAGGACUGGGCGCAUGAACAGAACCCAGAGAGGAAGAAGGUCCUGCAAGAUGCAGCAUUGUCGCUGCUGAGGAGUGACAACACUGUGUUUGACAAGGCUCUGGUCCUCUGCCAGAUGCACAACUUCAAAGAAGGAGUGCUGUAUCUUUAUGAAAAGGGCAUGCUGUACCAGCAGAUCAUGCAUUACCACAUGCAAAACGAGGAAUAUAGUAAAGUCGUAGAGGCUUGUAAGCGCUAUGGGGACAAGGAGGUGUGUUUGUGGGAACAAGCGCUGGGCUAUUUUGCACGUAAAGAAGAAAACUGCAAGGCCUAUAUUAGCGAAGUCCUGAAGCACAUUGAUAAAAAUAACCUGAUGCCUCCACUUCUGGUGGUGCAGACAUUGGCCCAUAACUCCACAGCCUCACUGUCAGUCAUAAAAGACUAUUUGAUAAAUAAACUGGAGAGAGAGACACAACAGAUUGAGGAAGAUGAAAGUAAAAUUAAACAGUACAGAGAGGAGACGGCUCACCUCCGUUCCGAGAUACAGGAACUCAAAUCCUGUGCAAAGAUUUUCCAGAAGACCAAGUGCAGCAUGUGUAACAGCCCACUAGAGUUGCCAUCUGUGCACUUCCUGUGCAGUCACUCCUUCCACCAGCACUGCUUAGACAGCUUCGCUGAGAGUGAAGCAGAGUGUCCCACCUGCACCCCUGAGAACAGGAAGGUCAUGGAUAUGCUUCGUGCACAAGAUCAGAAACGAGAUCUGCAUGACCAUUUUAACAGACAGCUGAAAUGUUCUAACGAUGGCUUCUCAGUCAUUGCUGACUAUUUUGGCCGGGGAGUGUUUAACAAACUCACACUGAUAACGGAUCCUCCCGGAGGCAAGAGUGGAGCUGGGAAUCUGGAGGCUGAAUUUCACAGAGAUCUGCUCAUAAACACCAAAAGGAAUACUUGAGAGCUGGACACAAAUUUAAAUGAAGCACCUCUGAGAAAAGCUGAUCUAGGGUCAGAUAUCUGACUUUCCACAUUGGUCAUGGUCUGUAUGUGCAAAACAUAAAGCUAAUCCAGAAACAGGUCUACAGUAAUUUUAACACCCUUUAAACAAAUCCAGAUAAACCCCUCUCACCACCUAUGAUUCUGAUCUGUAUACAGGGUGGAUAGUAGAGAGCAAGAUGGUAGCUCUUGUUAGAUGAUUUAAUAUAUCUAUUCUGUAAGAUCAGAUCAACAUAAAGAGGAAAUGGAGAUAACAUCAAGUAUCAAAAACAGGACUUUUGGGUAAAGAUAAAGUGCAAGUUCUUGCAUGUCUACACCUUUAUCUUGACAUUUUUAAGCCUAUAAUUAAACUUGCACAACUGUUUUGCAGCCCUUGAUUAGUUAUUUGUGAGAGGUAAAGUAUUGCAGCCCAUCAUUAUUGCAGAUAUGCUACUUAGAACCAUUUUGCUCGCAAGUCAACUAAAAAACUAUAACCAAUGUCAAAUGCCUGUUAAAAUGUACAUGUUAUUAAUUUAAACAUAUGUAAAACACAUUAUUGUUCACUGUGUAAUUACACUUCUUAGAUGUUUGUUAUGAUUAAUUUAUACAUAACAAAUCAAGAAUAAAGUCUUACUAAUACACUGUAUUUUAUAUACAUCAAAGUGUUGAACAUGGGCAUGGGGACAUGUUGUAUAUCUGGUGUGUAUAGUAAUGUCAUGCUAUACAUCGUGUUCAAAGGCCACAUAUUAAAAAAUAUGACAAUCCUUGAUGUCCAUUCAGUUGGUAAAUUUUUGACAUCAGAUAUCAUAGCCAAAAGAGCCUUGUUUACUGAGCAGACUGAAGUCAUACACGCCUUCAAGAAACAGUUUUAGUCGAGUCUUCUGAAGCAUAGGUUAGAAUUGUCAUAAGCAAAGCUAAACAGCUGAGCCAGCAAGAAAAAUAGCUGAUAACCACAUCUUGUUCUUAAGAACAGAUCCAUAGCAACCACAACUGCUGCAUGAACUGGUUCAGCUCUGGCAAAUGUCACAUUGGUGGCUGCUUUUGCAACUUUAUUAGAAGAAUCAGAAUCAGCUUUAUUGCCAGGUAUGCUUACAAAUACAGGGAAUUUGUCUUGGGUGACAGGAGCUUCCAGUACACAACAAUAUAAAAACAGCAACAAGACAUGGACAAUAAUAUUUUUUUUUAUAGAAAACAAAGUAUAUAUAGAAUACACAAUACUUAUAUAUGUAUAUAUAUAUACACACACACACACACACACACACACUACCGGUCAAAACCUUUGAAACACUUGACUGAAAUGUUUCACGUGAUCUUAAAAAUCUUUUGAUCUGAAGGUGUAUGCUUAAAUGUUUGAAAUGAGUUUUGUAGACAAAAAUAUAUUUGUGCCACCAUAUUUAUUUCAUUAUAAAACUCAAAUUUAAUAAUAAAAAAAAGUUUUUGAAAUGGAUGACUUGGACCAAAUAAUGAAGAAAAGCAGCCAAUAAUUGCCAACCAUAGAUGGGAACUCCUUCAGUACUGUUUAAAAAGCAUCACAGGGUGAUAUCUCAAGAAGAUUGUUGAGAAAAUUUCAAGAGUACAUGACUGCAAAUUCUGGUCAAAGGGUGACUACUUUGAAGAUAUAACAGUUUUAAUUUAUUUUGGAUUUUGUUUAGUCACAACAUAAUUCCCAUAGUUCCAUUUAUGUUAUUCCAUAGUUUUGAUG